UCAAUAAUUAAUGGAAUUUUAUUGUGCCAACAGGAGCCAUAAACAAGCGGGCUUCCAUUCGCGCAUCCACCAUUAUACGUACAACGUACCUUGCCGGUUUCUAUUGCUUCUGGACACUCGAGAGCAGCUCAGCACUGGAAGUGAUGAAAGUGGUAUUCAACUACUGGCCAACGCGCAAACACCAACGCCAAACAACUCCGUGGACGUCCGGGGCGUCGCCUAGCCGUUGCUGGUUGGAGGGGCUACAGAACAAGCUACACUUUGUUACCACUUUACGACUUUCGACCAUUUUUGGCUCCGGGAAACGACCGCAGCGCACAUCGGUCUCUGCCCGGACAAACAAACCGUUUUCAGUGAAUUCGAACAGACGUUUGGGAAAUUUACGAUAGUUUUCGAUUUAGUCCAACCCGAACGCCCUCGCCGUGGGACGGCGUCCGGAUAGCCGAUAAGUUCAGCCCGGUCUGCCCGCAGCGGCUGCCCAAUGUAAAUAACGAAACCGCAGCUUUAGAUAAGAUGCCAAAAGGACGACUAGAGUACUUGAAACGUUUGCUACCUUUUUUAAUCGACCAGUCGGAGGAUUGUUUAUACUUGAACGUGUUUUCACCUGCACAUGCCGCUCAAAGCGACAAGAAAUUACCUGUUAUAGUAUUUUUACACGGAGAAUCAUUUGAGUGGAACAGUGGGAACCCCUACGAUGGGACCGUGCUGGCUAGUUACGGAGAAUUAGUUGUAGUUACUUUAAAUUAUCGGUUAGGAAUCUUAGGUUUUCUAAAUGCCAAUCCGAGUCCAGAGAUACGGGCCCGGGUGGCCAACUAUGGUCUGAUGGACCAGAUGGCAGCCCUGCACUGGGUCCAGCAGAACAUUGCCAAAUUCGGCGGUGAUCCGUCGAUCGUAACGCUGGCCGGUCACGGAAGCGGUGCAGCGUGUAUAAACUUCCUGAUGACUUCGCCGACUAUGGUGCCCGGAUUGUUCCACCGGGCCAUACUUCUGUCCGGUUCGGCUUACUCGUCCUGGGCACUGGUGGAGGAUCCAGUCAUAUAUGCACUGAGGCUGGCAAAAGAAGUCAAUUGCUCAAUACCGGAAGAUCUAAUCAAGAAUCACGAGCAGAUCGUGGAUUGCUUGCGGGAUGUUCCACUGGAAGAACUGUUCGCUGCGGACAUCCAGCCGCCGAGCUUCCUGAGUGCUUUUGGGCCAUCGGUAGACGGCGUAGUUAUCCGACCUGGACGAACAAAUCAGGACAUCGACGAAACGCCCAUUCGGGGAACAUCUAAACGAUCGCAAGGUGCAGCCGGGAGAUACGACCUGCUGUUCGGCGUAGUCACCGGAGAAGCGCUCUGGCGAUUCAGCGCUGUUGACAUACAGAGUGGCUUCGAAGGCGAACGGCGUGAUCGAAUCUUACGAACGUACGUCCGGAACGCCUAUACGUACCAUCUUAGCGAAAUCUUCUACACGGUAGUUAACGAAUAUACCGACUGGGAACGAACCAGCACACAUCCGAUCAACACUAGGGAUGCAGCAGUCGCCGCGCUGUCUGAUGCUCAAUUCGUGGCGCCGUUAGUCCACACGGGGGAUAUGCUGGCACCACCUCCGCCCCUACCGGGGCAGGAACCGUCCGGACCAAAGUGUUUCUUCUACGUGUUCGACUAUCAAACCAAGGACGGCGACUAUCCCCAGCGGAUGGGAACCGUUCACGGGGAAGAUCUGCCGUACGUUUUCGGGGCCCCGCUGGUCGAUGGGUUCAGCCACUUCCCGAAGAAUUACACCAAAUCGGAGGUGGCUCUGUCCGAGGCCAUCAUGAUCUACUGGGCAAACUUUGCCCGGACGGGGAACCCCAACGAACAUCACCGGCAGGAUUCAGUUCUAACAGCUUCCAAGGAGCGCAACCGCUUCCGCAGCAUUAACUGGGAUGAGUACGAUCCGGUGCAUCAAAAGUAUUUAGAAAUCGGCAUGAAACCACGCGUCAAAAAUCACUUCCGGGCGCACCAGCUUUCGAUCUGGCUCCGGCUGAUACCGGAGCUGCACAAGGCCGGCAUGGAGGACGUGGUGGCGCGGCACAAUCUCUUCAAAAACCACGACGACCUGGACAUCUACGAAGGGAUCGUGAAGCCGAAUCCCCUGUCGCGGUUAUCUUUCCUGGAGCAGGAUCUCAAGCGGAGAGGCAUGGGUGCCGGCGGGCCGCAGUUUGGGCACUCGCUGCACAGCAAUGUGGCAGCCGGAAUGACGACAAUGGAGCCAGCGCUGCUAACAACUUGCAUGCCAGUUGCCAACUACACCGGCUACGCGCAGCCCACGUCGACCGUGCUGAACGCUACCACGGACACCUUGGCCGGACUGGAAGCGGCCGGAUACGCGGCAUACUCGACCGCGCUCAGCGUAACCAUCGCCAUUGGGUGCAGUUUGCUGAUACUGAAUGUGCUGAUCUUUGCCGGGGUCUAUUACCAACGGGACAAAACUCGGCUCGAAGUAAAAAGCCUGCAGAAGCAGUACCAGCAACGGGGCGGGAUGCACCAGCAGGGCCCGUUUGAUCCGAUUAAGCACGCCCACUACCACCUCGGCCACUCGCAGUCCGCCAACGUGAUAGUGGACGUGGAAAACCACGACACCGGUGCGCUGAUAUUGGCGAGCGAUGUCAAAUCGCCCCAUAUCUGCUCCAACUCGAUGCAGAUCAACGUAAUGAAGAGCGGAUCGCCGGGCAACGACGGCCGGGGUGGGGGACUCGGUCCUGGCGACAGCGGCGGCUGUAACGUUCCGUCCGGCCAAACCGCAAAUAAUGCAAAAAUCCCUCUGGCCAAUAACACCUCGUACAAACCUCGGACCGAGCACAUUACGAUACCAAUCAAAAAUUCAACCUUCACCGGAGGCACCGGGCUGAUGACGCUGCCCAAACCGGGCACGGUGCACAUCCCGAUGAGCUACAAUCGAAACGAGUGCAUGACACUGCCACGAAAUGCCGGUGGUGGCAUUAGCACGUCCAGCACCAACACAGAGGCUCAACAAGUUAAACUACCGCCAAACGGAACAGCGAUCGGAAUCCACAUGCGUUCGAACGCGGCGGCCACCCUCGGCAGGUCGCAAUCCUACAACAAUAGUUCACCGGAAACGAUCCGGUUAUCCCAUCACCAGCAGCCACCCCAAAUGACAUCGUCGGGGGCCCCUCCGCCGCCCAGCAUUGCCGCCCAUCAGCACUCCCACCAGCACCACUCACAUUCACAUUCACACCCCCAGCAACAACAGCAGCAGCAACAGCAGGAUCCCGGGACGCAACUGCAAAAUCUCAAAGGGCAACCACAACAGCAGCAGCAGCAGUUGCCCCAGGCGGCCAUGAGUGAAAUGCGUGUUUGAUUGCAUUUCGCCUCCUCCUGCCCUGACCGAGGACAACGACAACGGCAACCAUACCCAGCAAGGACGACGAUGACGACGAUGGCGAAGGUAGCAACGGAUGAUGACUAUUACAACGACAGCGACCUCGACAACUACUGCGGUGAUGAUGGUGAAAUUGUUUAAUGUUUUGUUAGGGGCCCCCAGCGGGGGGGCCAUUCGGAGGUAGGCGUUCAUUACUAACUACACACAUACACUCGGGCCGGUUUUACGCGGUUUUUGCAACUCAGAGUCGGUGGAUUUGAAAACGCCGAAAAAUAGAAAGAAAUGAAAGUUAGGACAAAUAACCAUCUUUAUGAAACGAUUGGUAAAACCAACAGAAAAUCAAAACUAAGUCAGGUGGUAUGGAAAGGCGAUGGUUAUCAGUUUCGAUAUAAUCAAACCGCGUAAGAACCGACCUGGCUGUGCUGCGCAAGCAACUUCCUGGUGCUCUUUCCAUUCAUCGCCAAUGAAUACUCAAUCACCCAUGCACGCGCGUACUCAUUUCCGGUUGUUGAUUGAUUAUUACUAUUGAUGUUUGCCUAUGUUGAGGUUUGGCGGGCAGUGGGUUGAGUUGCGUUCUUUGUUGAAUGGUUGAUUGUGAGCAAGUAACGAUUAGCGGGCUAUAGAUUUACAGUUUAAAGCCAGGAAAUCAUAUUAGAAAUGGCAGGAGCGGAUGGCUGUCUACAUUAUUAACUCCAUAACCAUUUGGACGUUGAAUUCCAGUGAUAAUGUUUCCAUACAGCAAUCAGUUGUAAAUAUGUAUAUUGUAUAUGUUUGGAUAUAUGCUUUCAUAAUUCAUAACACAAUAUAAUAAAGAUUGUUUCACCAUAAUUUCAUGCACUUUGAUAAAACGUUUGAACGUUGAAAGCAAAUUUAUACACAAACAACUAAUGAGUUAUAAGGUGCACUACAACUACUUGUGAUAACAUCCUCAUCAUGAAACUUUUGCAAGCAGGAAUUGGCUUAUCUUUAUUAUUGUUUAUGAAUUAAGGAAAAUACUUCUAAUUUCCUAGGGAUUUCCCUUCUCAAAAAUUUCAUCUGAAUACCGUUAUCCAUAUUGCUUCGAAGCUCACAAAUUAAGAUCUGGAAUUGUGAAAAAGGUUUUUGUUUCGGCCCAUAUUUUGUUAGAUUUAUUGCAUCUACGGAAUAUUCAGCAAAAAUGAUAUUUGUACACAAUCUCUACUGUUUUUUAUCGCGAAGUUCAAUGUUCAAGUAUCAGUAGCAAUCAAAUCAAAAGGUAAAUCAAAUCAACAGAGCUGUGCCAUUGGGACACAAUAAUUCUUUGUUAUACUUUUCCAGAAUUAUGAAAUUUCCCUAACUAAAUAGUUCAUCAAAACUACUGCUCACAAUCAAAUUCUUAAAGAACGCAACCAUAAUCUGUGAUUGUUCAAAAUUUAUUUAAUUCUAAUAAAGUUGUAGUUUUGAUUUCUCAUCUUUCAAUAAGGAACAUAUUGUUAUUUACCUUAUGUUAUAGAGGACUGAAAAUUAUACACUAAUGUUAAGUAAUGUUUUGUUUUAUUUUACUUGUACUGCAGUUUUAGACAAUGCGAAAAAUCAGAAACAUUUAGAUAAUCACAUCCAGUACGAACUGUUCUGAAAAAAUAAACACAAAAAAACAUCAAUCAAAUGCACGCUCACUCUAUCCAAUCGGAAACAUCAAAGACGAUGCGAAUCGGUUCAUUUGCACAUGAAGUUAUCGUUCUCUGAUCAUCAAAUUAAGUAAACAAUCGAGAAGAAAUUCAAAAAUAGUAUAAACAUACUUUGUAAAUUAUUUUUUUCUACAAAUCCAGCAACCAACCUAUAGAUAAUAUUACAAUUUAGAAAUGUCAAAUAAAUGGAACGAUACAUGCAAACACACAAACAAAUCUAGGAACGAAAAAAUUACGAAGUUGCAGAGAAUCAGCUAGCGAAUAACUUGCAUUACGAGGUGGUAAGCUCCGCAGAUAGAGACAAGAAUGUUUUGCCAUUACAUGUACACAUUGACAAAAACAAAACAAAAAAAUAGAUAAAUCUUUACAACUCAUAAGAGAAUUACAAACCAUCGAAUUGACUUCAAUGGCCAUGGACAAAACGAAAGUAGAUCGAACCGAAUCGCCGAACGUAAGAGAAAAUACCAGUCGCCGACUAAUGUUAAAUGUUGAUUAAAGCUAAUUUAAUUGAUUACCAGUUCAUGUACGUGAAGGUAAGAACGAAAGUAACGGAUUUUAAAAAUGAAAACUGUUUUAAACAAAAUUACUUGGAGGAUGGAUAAAAAAAAUCAGACGUGAAAAUUGAUGCUAUUGAAGAAUAAAUGAGAAAUAAAGAAACACUGUAAAAAGUAACAAUCUAAA